AUGGGUAGAGUUGUUGUUUGUUUCACUUUAGGUUUGUUUAUCAACCUCCAAGUUUCUGGUAAUAGAUUUCAGUUCGCGUCUUAUACAUACGAGAACAAAACAGACCCAGCUACUCGACAGCUCUAUGAAUUUAGAAAAGAACAUCCGGAACCAAUUGGACUUUUAACGACGAGUUCGGGAUACCCAGUAGAAAUCAGAGAUACGAUUACCUUAAACACCGACAUUUUCUCUAAUACAUUUUUCGUUGACUCUAUACUACACCUGGACCAUGAAAGAGUACCUGAACGAGUGGUACAUGCGAAAGGAACUGCAGCUCUUGGAUAUUUUGAAGUUACCAGUGAUGUUUCGAAAUAUACGAAAGCUGAUGUAUUUAAUGGUAUUGGCAAAAAAACUCCUGUGGUAGGAAGAUUCUCUAGUGUUGCACAAAAUAAAGGAGGCAAUGAUCUCGCAAGAGAAUUCAAGGGUUUAUCUGUAAAAUUUUAUACACAAGAAGGAAACCUUGAUUUGCUUUGUUUAAAUGUGCCAGUUUUCGUAUUAAAAGAUCCAGAGUACUUUGUUCAUUUUGCCCAUGCUUCAAAAAGAAAUCCCAGAACAGAUUUAUUUGAUGAUACAGCAAAGUUGGACCUUUUGACGUUAAGACCCGAAAUGUUACAUGGAUCUUUGUGGAUGUUAUCUGAUUAUGGCAUCCCAAAUGGCUACAGAAAAAUGGACGCAUUUGCAAUUCAUACUUUCGAAGUUAAUAACAGACAGGGAGAAAAGUAUUUCGUUAGGUUUAAUUUUAGAACCGAGCAAGGUAUAGAAAAUCUGUCUUCCGACGAAGCAAUUAAAAUAAGCGGAGAAGAUCAGGAUUAUUACAAUAGAGAUUUAUAUAAUGCCAUAGCUAUGAAAAAUUAUCCAAUAUGGAUUUUGGAAAUGGACGUUAUGACAUAUGAAGAUAUACUUAAUUUAAAUUACGAUCCGUUUGAUAUUACCGUUUUAUGGAAAAAAGGGACUUACCAGACAGUUCAAAUAGGUCGCCUAAUUUUUAAUGAAAACCCAGAUAAUAUGUUUAGAAUUUCUGAACAAAGUGCAUUUAAUCCUGGAAACCUGGUUCCUGGUAUACCUGGUCCUUUUGAUAAUGUCUUUAAAUCUCGUAGACUUUCCUAUCAAGACACUCAGAUUCAUCGUUUAGGUAUCAAUCGUAAUAGAAUAGAGGUUAAUUGUCCAAUAUAUAGAAAGGCUUACAAUCGUGACGGAUAUCCACCUGUCAAAGACAAUAUGAGGGAUGCGCCUAACUAUUUCCCAAAUUCUUUUAGUGGACCGGUGCCGUUUGUGGAUGCAAGCCGACCAAAAGAGCGUUUGUGGAUAAUGGAAAGUAAUGCGGUCGAUUUAGAGGAAGCUUCGUAUUUUUAUAAUUAUGUGCUAGAAAACGAUGAACAUCGAGAUAGGUUGGCAAAUAAUACUGUCAAAUUACUGUUACAAAAUCCUCCGUUUAUACAAAGAAGAUUGAUUAAUUUAUUUUAUUUGGUUGAUCAACAUUUAGGUGAACAAGUAUCAAACAAAUUGUACAGAGCUCUUAAAACUGAUAUUACGCGAAACCCAAAAGUACUUAGAAUUCCAAGGUUAAGAUGUUACUAA